AUCCCUAAUACGCUAUUAGCACAGUCCGUACCUGUAUUAAAAACUGUCAACUAAAUAAAAUUUUUAAAAAUGUCAAUUCAAACGUAAAGUAUUUCUAAAUCAGUCGUGACCAAAGGUUAAAACCAAAAAAAUAUAUCAUGGAAAAAUCAGAACAAUUAGAAAAGUAUGAAAUCAAUGAACUUGAAGCAUGGAAGCUGAUGAUGGACAGUAUGGUAAAAUUUAUAGAAGCAUCUACCAAAGUUAUGAAUACCUUCACUGAGAAAGCAAAUUCUCAUUUGAAACUACCUAUAAUUUCGAGCUGUGAAAUACAGUCGAUGCUUGGACCUGCACUUUCGGCUUUAGAUUAUCGUAGAAAUGAAUUUACCAAAUCUUCCAGGCCCGUAUCUGCUCCUGAGAGAGAGAAUCUUAAAAAAGUUGGUGACAGUGAUUACGAACAAGAAGGUAGAAGUGCUAAUAACAGUAAAUCUUCCCGCCCCUUAAAAGAAAGAGUUGGUAAUGAAAUUGAACCUGCGAAUACUAAAAAUGAAGAAAUCCCAGAGGGCAAUGAUGGAGAUAAUACUAAUAAAUGUAGUAUUAUAUUUGAUAACAUUUCCCCCACUGUCGAAGAUGAAACAAAAUUGAUAUCUGAAGACGAAACUCUUUCUGCACCUGAACAUUUGGAAACGACCAAAGAAGAUAUUCAAUUAAAAAACUUAUGCUGCCCAGUAGGCGAAUUACAGAAGCAAACACAAUAUGAUAAAAAAGAAGAUCAAAAAAUGUCUACAGAAAGUAUGAUACAUCUAAUGGCUGUGAAAUUAGAAGAGGCUCAAAACGAAAUCGACUAUUUGAAGAAUGAACUCAUGAAAAUUCAAUCCUCCAAAAACAUCAAUAUGUCGGCCGCCUUGUACAGAGAUUACGAUAAGGCACCUAAAUCUCAGAAUUCAACAAGAGUUGAAAAUACUUAUGACAACACCCAAAAUAUGUCUUCAAGAAAUCCGACUGUUCCAGCAAGGUCGUUGAUAAGUCCCACAGAGUCUUGUAGACAAAGUUCUGCAAAAUUCCAUCAAUCCACAGUUACGCAGCGAAGAAGCGUUCCUCUUAGAAUGAGACCUAAAAUAACCACUAACGAAAUGGUAUAUUUAAGAAGCAAUAAUAUGCAACAGAGGCGUAGGGUGCAGUCAUCAACAGGAUAUGAACAGCUACCAAUUGAAAUGUAUGACCCAAGAUAUCAGCCAUAUCAAAGACAGAUGUACCCUAUCUAUACCAGGCCAUCGAGUCCUGAAACUGAACAUUUUUUUAAUACACAAAAUUCUACCAUAGAUCCUGGAUACAAUUACCAAACAGGACAAUCAGUAUACGAUACUUGUGAAGGAACUGCUCCUUUUAGGCAUAGGAAGUCAGAAAACUAUUUGUCCAUGUCAGAUGAAGCGUCUGGUGAAGAGUACUUGUGUGACAAUGAACUUUUUUAA